AUGGAGACAUGCACGGUCUUGACUGGUCGAGAUAAUCAAUUACUCCACCACCGCAAGAGUCAAAAGCUUCACUACGGAGUCCUUCUCCACUCGACCGAUGCUGCUAUCUUUGUGGUCGCGAGGCUGGCUGACCGUCGCCUGAAGUUACCUGAAGAGCAGUCCACACAGAGUACUUUGUCCAUGACUAUCCACGCUAAAGAUGAACCAGGUUGGACUCUGCAUACGUACCUGUUGUCAUAG